UUUAAAGGUAUUUUUUUCUUUUUUUUUUUGCAGCACUGUUUCUUUCUUCCAGGUUCCCCUGCCUCCCUUCAUAAACACACACAUACUCUUCUUACCCUAAAAGCCUUUGGCGGCGUUUUCUUCUCAGUUUUCAUCCUCAGAAGGUCUUGAGAUUUAAUCUCGGAGGGUUUUCAUUCGUUCUCGCGGAACUGGAAAGGCUAGCUGUUGAUAAUCAACAGAAGCUGCAGAAUAUUACUGGGUUUUUCGAGGCCAGUCAUAAGAAAGUUAUGGUAUUUGCACCCCCGAAGAUGAGUCCGCUAGGACGAAUGGGAGACGAUGAAUUGGGUCCUCGAUGGCUAAUACCAAUGCUGAGAGCAAGUUACUUCAUUCCCUGCUCCAUUCACGGAGAUUCCAAUAAAAGCGAAUGCAAUAUGUUCUGCUUAGAUUGCAUGGGACGUGCUCUAUGUUCUUACUGUUUGAUCAAUCACAAGGAUCACCGCGUUGUUCAGAUAAGGCGCUCCUCGUACCACAACGUAGUAAGGGUUGUUGAGAUUCAGAAGUACAUCGACAUAUCAAGUGUUCAGACAUAUGUUAUCAACAGUGCAAAGAUUGUAUUCCUGAAUGAGCGGCCACAACCUAGGCCUGGAAAGGGGGUCACCAAUACAUGUGAGAUUUGUUGCAGAAGCCUCCUUGAUUCUUUCAGAUUUUGCUCCUUGGGUUGCAAGCUUGGGGCUAUGAAGCGGGGCGACCCAGACCUCACGUUUACACUGAGAAUGAAGCACGGCAGGGAUGCAUUCAAUGGUGGAUCAGAAUCAGAUGAGUCAUCAACCCCAAAGAAGAUUCGGAAAAGGCAUAACUUCAACCGUAUGAUGAUGGAAAGCCCUGCAAUUUCAUCCGAUGGUCACAAUAAUUAUGGAGGAGAGAGGUUUUGUUCUAGCUCAGGAGAUGAGGCCACCACCAACAUUUCUCCUGCAACUCCUCCCAUUUUCAACCACCACAAUGCCAGGAGACGAAAAGGCAUACCCCACCGAGCACCAUUUUGAGAUCAGUCCAGCAAUAACACGUGCUUUUGUGGAAAAUGGCAAUGAAAUUCAGUUAAGUUUUAAGGUAUGUGGCAGAAUUAAUAAAAAUGUGAAGCAGUAGAGGAAAAAAUAAGUGUUGGAAAGGAAUGGGGCACAUAUACUAAGACUUUUAGUUGUUGUAAUUUGUAAAUACUAGGAAAAGGGUCCCUUAGUAUACAUAUUUGGUAAUUACUCGUGGGAUUUCUCUCUAAAUUAGAAAUUAUAGGUUGUCUAUAUGUUAAUGCCCGUCCCUUGUACAGAUAAUGAAUGACAUAUAGCUUUGGGUUGCUGGAAAAGAUAUCAUAAUGUGGUGGCAUCGUGACGAUGCAACAUGUAGAGAACAUAUUUUGUGCAUAUAGACAUAUAUAGUCUGUUUUUAUCAUC